AUGGAGAGCAACUACAAAAAGCUGAAGCGCACCACUUUAAAAGAGUUACUUGAAAGUCGAGGUGGGAAUGCAAGCAACCAGCCACGGAGAGAACUGAUUGCUGACCUAACCGAACUAGACCAGAGCUUCACCAUGACAGAACCCACAGUAAUGCCCAGCGACAAGAAGACAAGGAUUGUCAGGGAAAGGCUUCCCCUGUAUGGGCCAAACCCGUCUGUGGAACUAGUGCAGCAACUGAUGGCAGAGGCAGAGGCAGAGGCAGAGGCGGAUACACAAAGGGCUAGACCUCACGAGCUCAGUGUACUGACCGCCCAGCAUGGUCCUACCAUAACUGCAUCCAGCAACAACACGGAACUUGCGGAGCAACAGAAGAUCCCGUUCACAGCAUUCAAGCCGGUUGUGGAAAACAAGAUGGGGAUUGACUAA